GCCUUUGCUAGUUGGCGGGGUGAAGCCUCUAGCCUUUGCUAGUUGGCGGGGAAGGGAAAAUAUAGCCUCUAGCCUUUGCUAGUUGGCGGGGUUAAGCCUCUAGCCUUUGCUAGUUGGCGGGGGAUGGGAAAACGAAGCCUCUAGCCUCAUCUACAGUCUUAAAUUGCAUGCAUUUUAGUUUUAGUAUUUAGAAAAUACAAAUAUAAGUUGAGAAUUAAGAUUGAAGUAUGUGAAAUAUAGCCUCUAGCCUUUGCUAGUUGGCGGGGUUAAGCCUCUAGCCUUUGCUAGUUGGCGGGGUGAAGCCUCUAGCCUUUGCUAGUUGGCGGGGUUAAGCCUCUAGCCUUUGCUAGUUGGCGGGGUGAAGCCUCUAGCCUUUGCUAGUUGGCGGGGUGAAGCCUCUAGCCUUUGCUAGUUGGCGGGGAGAAUGGAAAUCACCGCUAUCUUGUGAUAGCCUUGGGUUAAUCUUAGUUUUAACAUAAUUUUAAGUCUUAACUUGCAUGCAAUUUACUUAAUAGGUGACACUUCCCCAUCGGUAGGGGAAAUGCACAAGGUAUUUUGCAUCAAAGAGGGUGUAUCACCCUUGGAGAUGCUGGGAAGUGGAGAUAUUCUUGAGAAAUUCAAGAGUUUUUUACUUCUCUACUCUACUAAGUAUCUUUAAGAGUGAGAGACUCUCAUAGAUACUGUAGAGUACAACAUUCACGCCUGGCGGUCCUUAGUUUAGUGAUAAGUUCAAUCUAUGAUUAGCAACUAUUUAUCAUCAUUUUUUGAUACUUUAAAAUUAGAGAUAUUCUUGAGAAAUUCAAGGGUUCUCUAAUGAGUAUCAUUGAGAGUAAGAAACUCUUAUUGAUACUGUCUUGUACAAACAUACACUCCUGUUGAUUCAGGUAUUCUCUUAGUUCAGUCCAAGUUAAGAUUUGUAACUGUUUAUCUACAUUAUAUAAAAUUGCUUUGUUUUGUAAGUGCUUUACAAGUUUGUUGCAGCUUAGCCUACCAAAUGAAUCCAAGUGCACCAUUGUAGAUAUUUUUUAAAAGCAGGAUUGAUGAACAACUAAACAAACAAUAUUGUGGAGAUACAUGUGAAUUAUAAUGGAGAUGCCACCAGAUAUUCAAUGCAUUGGAGAGCAGCUCUACUACCAAAGUGGAGAUGUGGAUCACUGGAUGUGGAUUGAUGAACAACUAAACAAACAAUAUUGUGGAGAUACAUGUGAAUUAUAAUGGAGAUGCCACCAGCUAUUCAAUGCAUUGGAGAGCAGCUCUACUACCAAAGUGGAGAUGUGGAUCACUGGAUGUGCUUAGCCUACCAAAUGAAUCCAAGUGCACCAUUGUGGAUAUUUUUCAAAAGGAUUGAUGAACAACUAAACAAACAAUAUUGUGGAGAUACAUGUGAAUUAUAAUGGAGAUGCCACCAGCUAUUCAAUGCAUUGGAGAGCAGCUCUACUACCAAAGUGGACAUGUGGAUCACUGGAUGUGGUAAUGGGAUUAGGUCUCAUGGGCUGUGCCAUGGAUAUUCUGUUCGACAUAGAACGUAUGCUGAUAUCGAGGGCAGUGAUAUCUUCGACAAGUCUACCUCAGCCUCUCUACUACUACAUUGCUCUGUCACUGAUUGCCAUUGGUCUCUUCAUAUCUUCACUGUCAGUGCUGGGGUGCUGGGCCACCCAUUGCAAGAACAGCUGUUUUAUUGGACUUUUCAUGUUUCUGCUAGUGGUGAUGCUAGUGCUGGAAAUAGUGGGCUGCAUUCUGAUGGCGGUCUGCCCGCAAAUGCUGGGAGCCCACAUUGUUGACGAGGAGAUCCUGGACAACUGGCAGAGAAACUACGGAGUGCCCGGCAGGGAGCAGUUUACUGCUGCUGUGGACCUUGUACAAACUAAGUUUGAAUGCUGCGGGGUGCAGGGGGCAGGCGACUACAGCACCACCUGGUGGCGGUUGCGUGAACUGGCCGCUCCUGACCUCCUGGUGCCUCUGUCCUGUUGUAUACAAUCCGAUGCCAGGGAGAAAUCCUUCCUCGACCCGGCACCUCUCAACAAAACUAUGUGCCAAGACGCUCAGGCCGAGAACAACGAGCUGGCUAGGUUCAGUCAGGGUUGCCUGACUCAUCUGCAAGAAUGGCUGAGCCACGAGCUAAACUGGGCAUAGUAAGCACCCUAUUGGUUGUCUCACUUCAACUGCUUCUGUUGCUAUUCGCCAUCCUUAUGUGUGUCAAAUCUGUGCAACACACCAAUAAUAAGCCAUCUACUCAUCUGUCCUCAAUCAUGAUGGCCAAACAGAACACUAUCAAACGCAAUUUCAGCUACAAUAACUAGUGGUCAAAAGAGAACAAACAAACGUGAUGGUAGAGAUGAAGGUAAGGAAGAAGAUAAAGAAGAGAUAGUAGAAAAGGAAGGAAGGAAUGAAGGAAGGAAGGAAUGAAGGAAGGAAGGAAGAAAGGAAGGAAGGAAGGGAGGAAGAAGAAGAAGAAGAAGAAGAAGAAGAAGAAGAAGAAGAAGAAGAAGAAGAAGAAGAAGAAGUGGGAGAAGAAGAAGAAGAAGAAGUGGUCAAAGGGGAAGAAACAGAAGUGAUGGUAGAGAUGAAGGCAAGGAAGAAGAUGAAGAAGAAGAAGAAGAAGAAGAAGAAGAGAUGGUAGAAAUAGAGGGAAGAAAGAAUGAGAAGAGAUAUAGUAUAAUUUACCUUCAUUGUCAUUGAGAGUUCUGGUUAUUCAAAAGUAAAAUCAACAGCCAAAACGGUUGUAUUCAAUUCUAGAACACAAAACUGAAUUAAAACUAUGAUAAAGAGUGUUUUUUUAUAUUGUGGAAGAGCUAUAUCAUGAAAAUUGUCAUUGAAAGUUUUUUUGGUUCUGCAUUUUGAAAAGUAUUAUAUAGGAACCAUUAUCUUGCUAAUUAAACACAACCUGAAUAAAUUCAAAGUCAAUAAUUGGGAAUUAGAAUCAAUAAUGGAGUGAAUAUCAGAAUUAUGAUUUUCAUUUUGAAAGUGGGGAAGACGAAGUACAGAUAUUAUCA